AUGGGAAAGAGCCAGAGCCAGAGCACGAGGUGGGAUGAAGGGGGAGAGGGAGGAGCAGGUGAAUUCAAAAUCACAGUAGAUUUUCGAACACUCCUCUCAGUAACUCUAGAAGCAGCAGAUAAGGUACUUCCCUCGGUCCGGGGGCGCGGGCACAGCAGGGCGCCAGCUAGCGAGGCCUCCCUUGCGUGCGAACCAGGGGGGUGUCUGGAGGCGAACCAGGGCCCCGGGACCCCCGGGGACGCAGGCGCGGCAGGAGGGAGGCCGCACACCGCGGGGCGCCAGGGGCGGCGGAGUCACCGGGUCGGGACGCAGCAUCCACCGGCAGCCGCGCUGGGAAUCGCCCGGAAAGGGAGUCACCUCCCCGGGGGCCCGGCCGCCAGGCGGGAGACUGGCAAGACCCCUGACCCGCCCGUUACCUCGGGGAAGGCUCCUUCCCGCCGCGCCCCCCGCCGGAGCCGCCCUGGAGGCCUCUGCGCCCCGCCGCGCCCCGCCGCGCCCCGGCUGCGCUCCCGGCCCCAGCCCCGCGGAGGGGGGCGCGCCGCUCCGGGGGUCCCGCGGCCCCCGCCCGCCUCCAGGCCCGAGCCCCUGCUCCACGCCCCACCCGCCCCCGGCCCCCGCGCCCCCCCUCCGCCGCGAGCCUGCACCUGUGACCCAGCCUUCGCCCGCGUCCCCUCCUCCUCCGCCUGCUCCGUGCGCUUGGCCCCACUGAGCCCCGGACCCGGGGCAGUACCUUCCCUCAGCCGCAGGGGCCUUGGAGAGAAUGCGGUAGCGAGAGGUGCCCCGCUUCCAGGCUGA